UCUUCCCUUCGGCGUCGUCUAUUUUUCAAAACGUGGGCCCCAGGUGGUCGUGUCCUCACUUUCCCCCGAUUUUCAGCAACUGGAAACAGUGCAAGACAUAUACGAGUCUUCCUGUUGUAGAAACAUCACCACGAUGUGGCCAUGUGUGUGCCGUGCGGUCACUGCGACGAGUGGGACGCGUACUAUGCAGCACUGAACGUUGAACUUCCAUCUCUCUCACGUCCGAUGUCUUUUAUUCAGAAUUUUCUUUCCGAUAUCAGAGGAUUAUCACAAGUGAAAGAAAAUGACUUCGUAAUUUUUGUUGUCGGCCCUACCGGGUCAGGAAAGAGCUGGUUUACAGGAGAAUUUUGCAAUAAUGAUGAUGUGCGAGUUGGUGGGGACAGCGAAAAAAUUCGCACUAAAAAUGUGCAAGCACUCAAGUGCAAUUUUGGACGUGGUCUGAACAGCGUCGUACUUGUGGAUACACCGUCCUUCUGUACCGGGAUCAAAGGUUUUGCGGAACUUGAAAUGACCAACUGGAUAAGAUCGAGGUUUAACAAGCGUUGUUGCGAUUCCGGCAUCCUCUUUCUCCAGUCCCUUUGGUGGGAUCCGAGUCAUCGUGACGUGCUCAUAGCACGUCAUCUCGAGACGUUCGCGAGCAUCUUUCCCAACGGGUUCGCUCCCCCGUCACGCGUUUAUGUGAUACCGACCAAGGAAUCAGACGUCAUCAUUCCGCGGGAAGAGAUGAACAGGCGGAUCUCAAAUCUAGAAUGCACGUCAUUGGCUGUGAAUAAGAAUGGGAAUGGUAGAUGGCGAGUGUCGAUGCUCCCAGAGGUGUUCACGGGUCAACCAGAAACAACAGCAAGUGUGGUGCAGUCCAUCAUUAUCAAUAUGGUGAACGGCAAGGCUGGUGGAACUAUCACCCCUCCGAGAACUAGUUUAAAGCCCAACUGCUUAGACAGUGUCAGCAACCCUGCUGGUCCCACUCGCGGACAUUCCAGGAAAGAGACGAACAACGACUCAGACGAGGUGAUCAGAUCCAAGCGCGUCGCAUUACAAUUCACUCCGCCAGGACACCCACAACGCCGUUCAGCCCUCGUCGACCUAGGCAAUCUUCUUAAUGAACAGCUCAGGAAGCAGGGGCAGCAAGGAGACUUAGGCGAAGUAAUUGCCCUCAAGCGAGCUGCCCUUGAACUAAUCCCCUUGGAUGCCCCAGAACGUAUUGCAGCUCUAGCUGAACUCACUAAUCUCGUCUCCCAACGGCUCCUUGAGAAUCCAGAAUUGGAUGAGAUUGUCGUGCUCCGUCGGAUCGCGUUGGAACUCACUCCCCUGGGACAUCCAGAUCGCCGUUCAGCUCUCAACAAUCUGGCUGAUAUCCUUUUUGAGCGGUUCAGAAAGGGACGAUUGAAAGUAGAUUUGGACGAGAUUAUUACGCUUAAGCGGGCUGCAAUGGAGCUCACUCCACUUGGAUGCCAAGAUGACUACGUAACACUCGCCAGCCUUGCUAACUUUCUCUGUAAACGGUUCGACGACGGAGAGUGGAAUGUAGAACUAGACAAGAUUAUUGCCCUCCGGCGGGACCUACUGGAAUUCAUGCCCCCCGGGCACCCGCAACGCCGUUCAGCUCUGGUCAACCUGGCUGGUCCACUCUCUCAACGGUUCAAAAGGGAUGGGAUGAAAGCAGAUUUGGAUAUGGCUAUAUCGCUCAAGCGGGCUGUAUUGGAACUCACUCCUCUUGAAGACCUAGACCGCUAUUCAGCUCUCAUUAAUCUCGCCGACCUCCUUUCUCAACGAUUUGGAAAGCAAGCUGCACUCGACGAGAUCGUCACACUUCGACGAGCUGCACUGGACCUCACUCCCAAGGGGCAUUCCCAGCGCUGUUCCGCUCUCGUCAACUUGGCUGAUCUACUUUCUGAACGAUCCAGAAAGGGGGGAAUGAAAGCUGACUUGGACGAGACCAUUAGCCUCCAAAAAGCUGCUUUGGAAUCCAUGCUCUCGCGACCCUUGGAGCGACGUUCAAUUCUCGCCCAUCUCCGCGAUCACCUUUGCCAGCGGUUCAAGAGGGAUGGUGCUAUCUCAGAUUUAGCGGAAGUCAUUUCACUCCAACGUGCCGUGUUGGAAUUGACUCCCGAGGAUCCUGAUCGCCGCUUGGCUCUCAUCAAUCUCGUUGACCGCCUGUCGGACAGGUUCAGAAUUGAAGGGGGGAAAGAAGAUUUGGAUGAGAUGGUCUCACUCCAACGGGCGGUACUGGAAAGCACUCCAUCGGAUCAUCCUGAUUACCGUUCAGCUCUCAUCGGCCUAGCUGCUCUCCUCUCUCAGCGGUUCAACAAGGAAAAGAUGAAAUCUGAUUUAAAUCUGAUUAUCUCGCUCCGGCGGAAUGUGCUGGAUCUAACUCCCCCGCAGCACCCAUAUCACCUUAUAGCUCUCCAUUGUCUGGCUGAUCUUCUUGAAGUGCGGUUUCAGGAGGGUGGGGCAGAAGAAGAUUUGGACGAGAUCAUCCCACUCACCCGAAAUCUAUUGGACUCCACAUCCUCAGGAGACCCAGAGAGACGACCGAUCCUCCUCAAGCUCACUCGUUAUCUUAGUGAGCGAUUCAAGCUACAAGGCGCGACGGCGGAUCUGACGGAAAUCAUUCUCAUUCAACGUGCCGUUCUGAAGCUUGCGCCCCCUGAACACCCGGAUCGCUUCACAACUCUGGCCAUUCUGGCUGACUGCCUUUCUGAAUGGUUUAAGAGGGAAGAAGACAAGGUAGUAUUGGAUGAGAUCAUCACCCUCAGACGAGCGGCAUUGGAAUGUAUACCCUCCGGAGAUGCGAGGCGGCGGUCGAUACUCGUAAACCUCAGUGACUGCACUUAUCAGCGAUAUAGGAUGGAGAGUUCUAUGGCUGAUUUGACGGAAACCAUCGCGCUUCAACGUGCUGUGCUGGAGGUCACUGACCCUGGAGACACAGAUCGCUGUUCAGCUCUUAUUAACUGCGCUUCGUCUCUUUCUGAGCGGUUUGAGCAAGAAGGAGCGAAUGCGGAUUUGGAUGAAGUCGUCAGGCUCCGGCGAGCUGCGUUAGAUAGCGUAGCUGAGGAUGACCCAAGGCGACAACAAAUUCUUGCCAACCUCGACGAUUGCCUUUAUGAGCGCUUCAGGAGGGAGGGUGCGGUGGCAGAUCUGGAGGAGAUCAUUACUCUCCGUCGGGCUGCGUUGGAACGCACGCCCCUGCCCCAACAAUGCAGACCUCUUAACCUUGCUGGCAGCCUUCACGAAAAAUUCCAGAAACUGAGUUCGGCGACCGACAUAGAGGAAGCGAUCAAACUCGGACGUGCUGCCUUAGCACUCUGCGAUUCGGGGCACCCAGACCACACACUAUCCCGGGACUGUCUUACGAAUUACCUUACAGCAAAGAUCAGAAAACGGGGUCCUAAACUGCCCGUACCGGGGGCCAGUACCUCAAGCUCUAGUCGCUACCACGUCAAACAAUUAAUCAGGAGCAUUGUCUUCGAAACACUCGAAAACCUGCCAUUACGACUGGUGCAUACCACAACUGGCAUCUUGUGUAAUCGAGAUGCACAGCUAUCCCAUUUCGAAGCUAGUCCUCAAUACUGCCAAUUACUUUCGUCGAUAUCCGGGCUUGACGGCCAGCUACGUGAAGCGCGGAUCCGCGAUGCGGUCGUCAAUUUUUUCCGAUAUGUCAUGCUUUCCCACAGGUGGGGGAGCAGUGAACCAUUGCUACGUGACGUUGAAGGCACAAACGUCUAUGACUUGAGUGGUACGGAUUGUCUUGCCAAGCUCCAAGAGUUUUGUCUUUGUGCUCUCCGCCGUGGUUUCUUGUGGGCAUGGAGCGACACUUGUUGCAUCGACAAAGAUAGCAGCGCUGAACUUCAAGAGGCCAUUGGCUCCAUGUUUUCAUGGUAUCGUCGGUCGUCACUGACGCUCGUGUACCUCUCCGACGUCUCCGGCGCUUGUUCACCCGCAGACAGCGUCUGGUUCAAGCGAGGCUGGACUCUCCAAGAGUUAUUGGCUUCACCCACCAUAUUGUUCUAUACGCGGGACUGGUCACUCUGCAUGAAUCGUGAAGUGGCAAAUCACAAAGCAGAUCCCACUAUGCUUGCGGAGCUUCAGAAGGCAACAGGAAUAGCAGAGUGGCAUCUUACGAAUUUCUACCCAGGCAUGGACGAAGCACGAUCGAGGCUCCAGUGGGCAUCGAGCCGUCGUACCACUCGGCCAGAAGAUGUCGCGUAUUCUCUUUUUGGUAUUUUCAAGCUGCACUUACCAGUCCUCUAUGGCGAAUCUGCGGAGAGCGCGCUCGGACGUUUGCUAGCGGAAAUCAUAUCACGUUCUGGAGACAUUUCGGUCUUGGAUUGGGUCGGAGAGGCGUCCUCUAUCCAUAGCUGUUUUCCUGCCAACCUCGCGCCAUACCAGACAUUACCUUGUGUACCAGCAACUGCCAGCGACGCCAGUGGACGCAAUGGCCUCGACCUUGAAAAGGCGCAGAAGCUGUACAGUUCCCUCGCGAAGUUACCGCGUGCGCGGUUCGUCAAUCAGAGGCUUUCGCUGCCUUGCAUCGCCCACUGGGUCACGACGGUCAAACCGCUACACACUAAUUCUACCAGCCCCUCAUGCUGCAUGUAUGAGAUUUGCGCACCACUCCUCCGGCCCAUCAAGGUCACACUGUCCGUCAAUCUUGAGGAAACGUCUGGAUCAUAUGUCCUCGUUCGUCCUUGGCAUCCAAAAUGGCUUGAAGCACAGGCGGACAGUGACAUAGAUGCUCCAUGGAAGUUAUUGGAACAACUCGAGCAGUCAUUCAAUGCACUCCUGCUAAGGCGAUUGCCUCAUAACGAGUAUGAGAGGAUCGCAAGUGAUUCUGAAAUUGUGGCUCGCGUCCAAGACCUGGAUAGUAUCCUAGACAGUGAAGUGAUGGUUCCGGAUAUCGUAUGAGGUCAUGCUUGUCGAGAUGCACUUGCCUGUAAGACUCAACACAUGCCAUAUGUAUCCAUAGACAUACUUGAAAUCACUAUGUACUAUACAAGCCGUAGAAUUUCACUCGUGCAACGCUUUCGAACUGUUAAAAGGGACGUCUGGCAGUGUGACCAUGAAU